UAAAUACAAGUGGCCGUGUACCAAACGGCAGACGUGUGUUGUGAUCGCUCGCCAUAACGCGCGCGUAAACGCGGGAAAAUUGAAAAGCAGCCAUGUUGGUUUUGAAGGCCCUGAUUCUCUGUGCAGCGUGGUUGGCAGUCUACUGCCAGGGUCCCAACGGUCCCACCACCACACCAGUACCCAUCCUGAAGCAGAUCAACAGACAGAACGAUGAUGGAUCUUACAGUUACGGAUAUGAAGCUGCUGACGGAUCCUUCAAGAUUGAGACGAAAUACCCGAAUGGUGAUGUAGCUGGAAAGUAUGGAUAUGUUGACGAGAAUGGAAAAACUAGAGAGAUCUCGUAUGGUGCCAGCAGUCAGAGAGGUUUCGAGCCCGAAGGCCCUGGCAUCAUGGUGCCCCCACCAACUCUAAACAACCCUCAAUCCUCGAACGCUCUCACUGAUGGCCAAGAAGACGAUGGUCAGUACCGUGAAGACCCUAGCAUCUAUGAGGACCCGAAGUACAACAGCCGCGCCCAGCCACGACCAGCUCCCAUCAGACAGUUCCACCAGCCUGCUCAACCAGCGCCUGCGAGACAGUACCAGCAACAGCCUCAGUUUGCCCCAGCACCCACAGCUGCUCCAGCUCCUCAAUACCAGCAGCAGAGCCAGUUCAGAUCAGCUCCUCUCUACUCCCAGCAAACCAGCCUCUUCAACCAAGGUCCUCAGCAAUUCCCAGCCCAAAACCAGGACUUCCGUCCCCAGAGCCAGGUAUACCACCAGCAGCCUCAAUUCUCCUACCAAGCUUACACUCCUCAGCCUUACCAGAAUUUCCAGAGCCAGAGUUUCCAGCCCCAGUACCAACAGCAGCAGUACCAGGGCCAGAAUCAGAAUUUCAACCCAUUUGUUGGCCACCCCGCCCAGAACUUUGACCCCAGCUCUGGAUCGUACUCAAUCAACUUCACUGGUUAAGUGAUCAUUGUUAUUGUUGUUUGAUGGUGUUAGUUGUAGUAUUAUUGUGUUUGUGUAGACGAUUCCUAGACUUUAGUAGACUUUGAUUGUAGUAUCAGGAUUCACUACAAUAAUCACCGAAGUUUUUAAAUCACAGGUUGUCCUCUUGUCUCCAUAAGAGGAUAAUCUCUGAUUUGAAUAUAACCUUACUUAUGUAUCUCUUCUAUUUGAAUUUCAAUUUAAGUCAAACUUAGUUAAUACUGAUUAAUACUUAAAUUGAUUUUUAUAUACCAACGUAGUAUUCUAUUACAUUUUUCGCUGCCAAUUUAGAGACAUGAAUCGUUUACACCAACACUCAAAUUUUGUACAAAAUAUUAGAAUAUUGUAAAGGGUACCUCCCAGCGUGACGAACGAUAUAUUUUUUACGAUUUUUGUAUAAUUUUAGUACUAGUCAAUUGUUUCGGUGUAUUUUAUACAAAUUGAAGGAAGGAGCUUUAAUUAUAUUGUGGUUAACAAUAUCAAUUAAUAAUUUAUUUAUAUUUUUUCUUGAUAAAUAUUAAAAUUACGU